AUGGCGCACCACGCAACGCUCGGACCGGCGGACGCCGCGCUGCUCGAGAUGCUCACCGCCCCGGCCCCAGGGACAAAAACGAAUGCGAAUCUGAAUGGAAAAACGAAGGCGAAGCUGCCCCGGCGAGAUGCUGCGCUUGACCCGCUCAUGAUCGCUGCUGCCCUCGCGUCCGGGCCGCACAUUACCCGGAACCACGCCGUGCACGACUUCAACCCCGGGGAGCCGCUGCCCACGAACGUGAAGAGCCCCAUGGCGUAUGUCAGCCGCCAGGCCCCGCGGCGACAGCGUCUGGGGACCAUCCAGGCGCCUGUGGCUGAGCAAAAUCACAACAAGGAGAACACCGACACCCCGCCCUCCCCCGUGACCAAAAAGCGGCGGGCGUCGGUCAUCGCUGCACCCGCCCCGAAAAGCGCGGACACCCCCGGGCCCGGCCCCGGCCCCGUGACCGUCAAAUGCAUGGCGCGCACGCGCAUCCCGACGCCGCACGGCCCGGCGUUCCUGCACCUCUACCACAACUCGCGCGACGCGAAAGAGCACCUCGCGCUCGUCGUCGACGCCGCCCAGUACGCUGACGACAGCAGCACAGCCCCCCCGAUCCGGUCGGCGUCGCUGGACGCGGUGUGGCCCGAGGAGACGCCGAUGGACCGCAUCGUGCGCGGGGCGUAUGUCGGGCGGCUCGGCCCGGAGAACGCCGUGCCGUCAGUCCCGGGGACAGGUCAUAACGCCCCGGGUUCGCCCGCGCUGGUGAGAAUCCACUCGGAGUGCUUCACGGGCGAGACUGUGGGGUCGCAGCGGUGCGACUGCGGGGAGCAGCUCGACGAGGCGUUGCGGCUCAUUUCGCUCGCGGGCCGGGGCGCCGUGGUUUACCUAAGACAGGAGGGCCGUGGGAUCGGGCUGCUUUCUAAGCUGCGGGCGUAUAAUCUGCAGGACCUCGGGCACGACACGGUCGCGGCGAAUUUGCUGCUGGGCCACGGCGCGGACGAGCGCGCGUACGACGUCGCGGGCGCGAUCCUCGGGGAUCUCGGGCUGGGGGCGGUGCGGCUGCUGACGAACAACCCGGACAAGGUCGAGGCGCUUAGUAAGGAGGGCGUGGGGGUCGUCGAGCGGGUGCCGAUGGUGCCACGGAGCUGGCGCAUGCAGGCCGGGACCGACGCCGGGAUGGAGACGGAGACCGGGGCGGCCGGGUGGCUCCCCGGGGACACCGCCCCGGCCCCCGGCGCGACGCUCGUCGGCGGACACGCGGUGCAUGGCCCUGAUCUGGACAAGUACUUGCGCACGAAGGUGCUCAGGAUGGGGCAUAUGCUGCCUUUGGCACUGGCGGGCUUGGAGUAG